AUGGCAGCAGUUAAUUCAAGCCAAGUGCAAGUGGAAGCCUCUGUUCUCCUACCUGGUAGCCAACCCAAUGACCCUCGGCUGACCGAGGACCUCACGGAAGAUCGUGCCAAAAAGAGCAGGUCUAUUAUAUCCUACCUACUAGAAAGGAGUGCAGAAUUCCGAGAACUCAGUGAUGUGAGACAGCAGGGAUGGGAAGCCCCGGAAGGCGACAAGUACUUUGCGAACCUUCGAAAAAAUGCGGAGAAGUCCGACAAGCAGACAGCGAUUUACUUUCAUAAGCUUAUGCAAAUAAUCGGACGCGAAAUGGAUAAGGCCACAAAUGCCUUCAAAAUUCAACAGGUCGAUUCAACCCCGCCUGCCAUUCUCGACAUGUGCAUGGCCCCUGGUGCAUUCCUCGACAUAGCAUUGAAAAAGAACCCGGGCUCACGUGCUCUGGCUUUCAGCUUGCCUGUCUCCUGCGGAGGGCACAGGAGCCGUCUGGCAAGCAGCUUGAAUACCAAGCAAGUAUUUCUCGAUGUGACUAUGCUUGCUGCCGACAUGGAUAUGAACGAGAUCCCCGAGAGCCAUGACGAUGCCGAGAACUUUUUGCCCAGACAACUUGAGGAUGGUCAGCUUUUCGAUUUGGUCAUAUGUGACGGCCAAGUCUUGAGGCAACAUCCACGCGCUACCUAUCGAGAGGGCCGGGAAGCGAGAAGACUGGUCACCGUGCAGCUCGCUUUGGGUCUCCAGCAUCUUAGACCUGGUGGCACUAUGGUCAUUCUUCUUCACAAACUUGAAUCGUGGGACGUAGUUAAUCUCAUUUGGAAAUUUCAUAAGAUCUCCUCGGUUCGGCUUUUCAAGCCAAAGAAAUGUCACGCCAAGCGCUCGUCCUUUUACAUGCUUGCUACCAACAUUCAAAGCCAAAACCCAGAGGCUGUUGAAGCAGUCAAGCGAUGGAAGAGAAUCUGGCAGGUUGCUACAUUUGGCUCCGAUGAAGAGUAUAACAAGGUGAUUUCAGAUGAAGACCCAUCCGUGGAAACAUUGGUCGAGGACUUCGGGCCCAAACUCGUGAAGUUGGGCAAGGCAAUAUGGAAGAUACAGGCAAAUGCCCUGGCUAACGCACCAUUCAUGAAGAAGCCAGAGUGA